AUGGAACGUGUGCACGAGACCUUGGGGAGGUUCCAGGAAAAAGGACUCAAAGUAAACCCUAAUAAAUGCAAAAUCGGCGUAAGGCAGGAAGAGUUCUUGGACUACCUAAUUGAUGGGUCGGGCACUCACCCGACCAACAGCAAGGUGAAAACCAUUAAGAACUCCCCAACCCCGAAGAAUAGGGCAAAACUGCAAGUCUUCUUGGGACUGUUAAAUUUCUACAGCAUUUUUUUACAACAGAAGGCCACCGUUUCUGAGCCGCUCCACAACCUCCUGGGGAAGAUGAUGCCGUGGACCUGGGGACAGAGGGAAGACCAAGCAUUUGCAGCAGUUAAAGACCUCCUCUCAUCCAACAGCUUUCUGAUUAAAUACAACCACACAUUGCCAGUCUGGAUAACUUGUGACACUUCCCCUUUUGGAGUUGGGGCGGUCCUCAGCCACCGCCUACCAGAUGGAAUGGAAGCACCGAUAACAUAUUAUUCAAAGACCCUGUCACCGGCUGAGCGCAACUACAGCCAAAUUGAUAAAGAGGCCUUGGCCGUGGUGGCAGGAAUCAAGCGGUUCCACAAAUCUCAGAAGUCUCCUUGGUUUAUUGAGGUGUUUCAGGAAAUCAAGCAGGUAAAGAGACACUUAGAGCACAAUUCUAAACAUGGGCAACCUAUUGAAACUUCCACUAAGUUAAAAGGCCAGGACCUCUUAACCCUACAAAACUAUACACCUGACGAAAUCAAAUAUUUGCUUUGGGUAGCAUCAGAUUUGAAAAACAGAAUCAAAUACAAAAAAGAGAAUUUACCUUUAUUACAAGGCAAAUCUUUGGCCCUGAUUUUUGAGAAAAGAAGCACAAGAACUAGAUUAUCUAUUGAGACAGGAUUUGCACUUCUUGGAGGACAUCCAUGUUUCCUUACAUUACAAGAUAUACAUCUGGGUAUCAAUGAAAGCAUCUCCGACACAGCAUGGGUACUGUCAACCAUGACAGAUGCAAUCUUGGCCAGAGUAUAUAAACAUUGCGACCUAAUCACACUUGCAGAAGAAGCCGCAAUCCCAGUGAUAAAUGGGUUGUCUGAUUUUGAUCAUCCUAUCCAGAUUUUAGCUGAUUAUCUUACACUCCAGGAACAUUAUAGGUCCUUGAAUGGAUUGACCCUCAGUUGGAUAGGUGAUGGAAACAAUGUUCUAAACUCUAUUCUGUUAAGUGCUGCUAAAUUUGGGAUGAAUCUUCAUGUUGCUACUCCAAAGGGUUUUGAACCAAAUUCCACUGUAAUCAAAAUAGCUGAAGAAUAUUCUAUAAAGUAUGGCACCAAAUUGCUUCUGACAACUAACCCAUUGGAAGCUGCCAAGGGGGCCAAUGUUUUAAUUACAGACACAUGGAUAAGUAUGGGGCAAGAAGAAGAGAAACAAAAGAGAUUAAAGGCUUUCCAAGGUUAUCAAAUAACAAUGGAGACUGCACAAGAAGCUGCUUCUGAUUGGACUUUCUUACACUGCUUACCCAGAAAGCCAGAAGAAGUUAACAAUGAAGUUUAUUCUCCAAAGUCACUAGUUUUUCAAGAGACUGAAAACAGGAAAUGGACUAUUAUGGCUGUCAUGGUUUCCCUGCUGACAGACUAUUCACCACAGAUGCAAAUGCCUAAAUUUUGA